ACAAGGGCGGAGCUAUGCACUAGGGCGGAUUCCGAUUGGCUGAUGCUCGUUCGGUCAUCGGUUCACCAGGAAGACAGUCAUUGUGUGCUAGGGCUCAUCCUGGGAUCUCUAGUCACCGGCUGUGUAUACCUGUGCGAUCAGCUGCGGCCAUGCUGCGUCCGGCGCUGCCCGUCCUCGCUGCGCUCCUAGCAGUUUCAACUGCUGACUUCAGUGUCUUGAAGUCCCCCCAAAAUCAAAUCUUCAAUGAAGGAAGUUGGCCAAUUCCCGGAGAGCGCAUUCCUGAUGUCAUUGCAUUGACCAUGGGCUUCUCUGUAGAAGAAGAUUUGUCUUGGCCAGGGUUAGGAGCAGCCAACAUUUUUCAGCGUCCUCGUGCAACCAUCCUGGUAACAGUGACAGGUGUGGAUAAACUUCCUGUAACAGACAAUGAGAUUUCCUACCCUGUAGAGAAUGCUGUUCCUUACAGUGUUGACAGUGUUGUGAACGCUAUCCAUUCGCUGUUUUCUGAAGAAAUGCCAGUAGUUUUACAAUUAGCACCCAUCGAAGAGAGGGUGUACAUGGUUGGGAAGGCUAAUACAGUCUUUGAAGAGCUUGCUGUCACCUUAAAACAGCUAAGGAGCCGCUUAGAGCAGGAUAACUCCAUUCUUAGUUCUAUCUCGGUGGGCUCUUUGUACAAAAAUGAUGAGACUGAUAGACUGUUCUUCUCUGAACUGCAAGUUCUACAAGACAUCCCUAGCCUGUUGUCUCGGCAUAAGCAUCUCGCCAAAGAUAAUGCCCCAGAUAUCUAUUCUUUGGAAUUAACUGGUUUAGAUGAGAUCAAGAAGCGUUACGGCGAAGACUCUGUAAAGUUUAAGGAUGCAACCCGAAUUCUGUCAGAAUGUCUACAGAAAUUUUCAGAUGAUAUGUACAGCAUCUAUGGGGGAAAUGCAAUUGUAGAAGUUGUUGCUGUGAAAACAUUUGAGACUCCCCUGACGAGGAAAAGUCGCUCCAUCCUGGAAAUUGUGGACAUUAGCAAUCCUGGCAGUCUAUACAACCUGGCUUAUCAAUAUAAUUUCAACUAUGCUGUUGUCUUCAACAUCAUUUUAUGGAUUAUGAUCGGUCUGGCUCUUGCUGUCAUUGCAAUCUCCUAUAACCUGUGGAAUAUGGACCCUGGCUAUGAUAGCAUCAUUUACAGAAUGACCAACCAGAAGAUCAGAAUGGACUAAUAUUAACAUUUACUAAAUUAUUUAAAAAGAAAUAGCUUUGUAGGAGUGUGUGUGUUUUUUGUUUGUUUCAAUUCAGACAUUCAAGCUAUGUGAAUAUUUGGAAAGCUGCAAAACAACUAAACAAAAAAAUAAAAAGGGAGGGGGGCGGGGGACUUGUUUUGUCUGUGCCAUUGAAACUUGCCAGGGUCAUGCCACUAACACUUAAACAGCUGCUAAAAUUUCCCACCUGGCUCAAGUUUGUAAAUAAAUGAUAACGUAAACCAGGGGUUCGAAAAUGUUUGAUUUACUGACCCAGUUUUACAAAGCUUGGGAUAUAAACGCAGUGCCUCUGCUGGAGGUGGGUCAGAGGCAUGCAUUGCAGUUUGGCAGGUUGUGGACUGCCCUUUUACUGACCCUGCUUUUACCUAGGAUAGUGGUUCCCAAACUCUGUCCUCAAGGAGCACCUACAGUUCAUGUUUUUCAGGUCACCUGUGUUUUUUUUUUUUUUUUUUUUUUUUUUUAAAUGUGACCACUGGUGAUGCACAGUGCACCUGCCGGGUGACCUGGAAAACGUGUGCUGUUAGUGCUUCUUGAGGAUAGAGUUUGGGAAUCACUGACCUAGGAUAUCAAUGAGUGGGUAUAUUGUAGAGCUGUAUUGGGGACCUGCACUGUGGCCUUCCUGGUUUAGUGAUCAUCAACAAAGUGCUGGAGGGGUCUUUUGAUUAGUGUGACUGGCAUUGAUCAUAAUGAGCGUGAGGAAAAAAAAUGAGUGCAGAAACAAUGUUAUAGUGUACACCGGUUCAAGUGGCACCCAUAUAAUAAACCAGUACCAAGAAUAUUAAUUUGUCUCUUUGCUCUAAAAUUGCUUUAAAAUUGAAUGGAGAAUGUAUAAGGUAUGUGCAAGUGACUGCAAUGGGCAGUUUUUUUACUUUGUAUCUCCAUUCAGAAGACAGUGAACAUUCCAUUUAAUGUGAUCUAAGCUGGUUGAGUCUAUUUUCCCUUUGUGGAAAGGACCUGGAUGUGGCAUCAGGUGAGGGCAAUAUUUCUGUUCUGCCCUUACAGCAUGUUAAUGUUUUCCCCAAUAUCCGUUUGUGCUAGGGCACUUUGUUUCAUUUAUGCUGCAUUAUACCCUCACUGCUCGCUACGCUCACCAUAUUUCGGGCCUGGUAUCUACCUUCGCUUGCCACCUAGAGGCUACCGAUCUAAGUUUUACCAGUGGCAACACAAUCUGAUGGCAAAACAUAAAAGUAACAAAAGUUGUGAUCAAAACCCAGGAGAAUGGUCAUUUACAGUGUACUUGUCACCAAUACACAGAUGACCUCACAUUACACCUCUGUGUCUUAUUCCUAAUGAAUUAAUAGGAUAUUCGUUCAGCCAACAAAGUGUAGCCUCAGAUUGGGUUAGAUUUACAGUUUCAGAUGUAGGGGCAGAUGUACUAAGCCUUGGAAAGCGAGAAACUACAAACCAAUCAGAUGCUGUCAUUUUUCAAACACAACCUGUAACAUGGCAGGUCAGAGCUGAUUGGCUGGAACUUUAUAUCACUCCCAAAGGCGUAGUACAUGUCCCCCCAUAGUGUUUUGUGUAUAUACCAAAUUGUAUAUGAACUUUUUAAUUUUAUUACAAAAAGUAACACCGCUUUUUUUCAGUAUAGUGUUUGGAAUUGUUGCUGUUGUUGAUUCUUGUGGAGGUAAUAGGCUGCUUUCUAUUGCCCACAAAGCUCACAAAAGCGGUUUUGGAGAUCGGGGCACUUACCAUUCUCCUUUCAUAAGAACAGCAGCUCCUUCAGCUUAUUAAAGAAAAAACAACUACAGAGAAAUUGCUCUUUAAUGAUAUACUAAAAACUGCAGAGAUAUAUAGAUAAAUAUAUUUAUGUUCAAAUCAAAUAUAUUGCAGUGAUAACUUAAUCAAUCUUACAUAUGUUGAUAAAUGUUUCCAUUGAAGGCAAUGUUUUUAUUGAUCCCAGCUCCUUAGCAGUUCACCUGCAGCUACCACUGGGUGUCCUAACAUAACACUGCUUAGCAGUUCUAGACCUAGGAUACAACGAAUAUACAUGACAAUGAUUUGAGAGUAGAUGUCAUGUGCAGACGUAUUUGAAUUUAUGUGUAAUGUAUGUGUGUAUAAAUGAAUACGUUUCCCUGUGUUUAGUGGAGAGUGCUCAUCUCACAUUCCUCCUGGGGAGAAUAGAAAUGCCUAGAAAUGGGGUUUUUUGUUUUAUUUUAAUUGAUGUAAAUUGAAAUAGGGUGUUUUAACUUUAAUUUAAAUGGUGCCCUCUUCCCCUGCGUUCAUUCCUAAACUUAUCCUCAUGCCUCAGACAAAUGCAGCAAAUCUUCUAAAUCUGAAACCGUUAAAGACUGCAGGCAUAUGUCAUGCGAUACCUGUGAUUAGCCCACCCGCCAGGUGAUACAUACAAUAUGACCUGCUGGUGAGGCUGGGGAUAAGUUAGACCUCUAUGAAUACUACAAGGACGGUAUUUAUCAGUUUGGAAAUGUGUGAACACUGAUUUAUGUAUACAAUGUACAGUAAUAUUGAAAUGUGUUGUAUCUUUUAAAAUGGUGUCUCAGAGUAUAGUUGUGUUGUUUUUCCACCAGUGAUUAAACCAUACAUAAGGAAUAUUCUAGGUUAAUAAGACUACUGAUGAUUUAAUAAAACUAAUUACAGAGCGUUACAGAGGUGUCAUUCUUGACAAAACAUUGAUUUGAAGCAUGAAACCAGCGUCCUACUAUAGAUCAGACCACAUAUUACACCUCACACAGCCUGAGAUCAUAUUAAACUGACUGCACUCUUAUACUCCCCGUAGUACAGCUAGGACAGUACCUGCAGCAAGGGGUAUGGGUCGUUCGGACGACCCAACUUAGGUCGACACUCAUUAGGUCGACCACUGAAGGGCGACAUUGCCAUUAGGUUGACAGUUGAAAGGGUUGACAAGGUUUUUGGUGUCGUUUUCUUCGUAAAGUGACUGGGAACCCCAAUUAGUGCACCAUGUCCCCUCGCGCUCGCACAGGUUACCGUUCCAAUCGUAGUCCACGUGGAUCGUUAAGUAUGAAAAAAAUCCAAAAAAUGUUAAAAAGUGAACUCGUGUCUACCUUUUGACCUGUUGACCUAACGGCCAUGCCGACCUAAUGCAUGUCGACCUAAUGGUAAUGUCACCUAAGUUGGGUCGACCUAACGACCGUAUCCCACAGCAAGUUCUGUACCAAUGGCUGAUGAACAAAUACAGAUGAUUUGCAAAUCAUUGCUAUAUUCCUGUAGGUUAUUAUUCGGAAUACUCCCAUCCUUAUUACUACAUGUUUUAAACAAUUGCUGGACUAUUACAUACUGUACCAAACUUUUCCAGUGCAGUGUUUUCUGUGAGCACUACAAGACUGCAUACCUACUAUGAGACAGGAGAUGGGGAACCCUGCUUUAUGUAUUGUUAGAUAAAGCAACAGCCCUGGCAUUUCACACCGCAGCACAAGUGUGACCGGAAGGGAGGAGGAGUUGGAUGUGGAUGCAGAGAUGGGAUGUUCCACAAGGCUGAUCAUGCCAUCCUAUACUAUGCAGUUGUUUAUUGUUAAAAUAAAAGUAAAUAUUAAUUUGAGAAUCAUAUUUGUAAUCAUUUAGCGAUGGGUGAGAUACAUAUACUGUAUGUGAAUGCCAAGCAAGUAACAUUUGUCACCUACAACUAAACGCGAUGCUGGUAUAAUUUCUGAAUUACAGUGUAGUAAAUGGGGAUACUCUUUCAGACCAAACGCUACUGACCUUAAUCAGCUCUAAACAGAACCUCAAAUCCAUAGACAUUGCAGCUCUGUGAUACGUUCCCACUACAGACUUUGCUUUCCGUGUAUGUGGUGACUAGUAUGGUUGGAUACUGAGGAAUUGGCACGUUCCUGGCUGUCUGCUAUCUGAGUGUUGUUAUUGAUUGAUAAAUAAGUAAGGUUUACUUCUAAAUAAACUUGAAUAUUUAAAUCCGUA